AUGUUUGGUGUGAAAGAUCCUGUCCUUCGUGAACUCCAUAAGUGUGUGGCUUACAAGUUUUUAUGUGCGGGCUGUAAUACCUGCUAUGUCGGCGAAACCUCUCGACAUUUAUCCACACGCGUACGUAAGCACUUGAUCAGUGAUACGGCUUGUCACAUUUUCAGCCAUCUACACAAUUCUCCACAAUUUCGCACUCUUAAUAUCCUAAAUCAGGCUUCCACAACUUUUCAGCUUAAAAUCAAAGAAGCUAUCCAUAUUCAAUGGGAGAAACCUCCUCUUAAUCACCAACUUUAUCAUGUUAAUUUAAAACUUUCCUUGUAA